GGUUGAUCCAUAUGGGUUUGAAAGGCCAGAAGACUUUGACUAUGCAUCCUAUGAAGCGUUCUUUUCCAGAUAUCUAGUGGUACUCACUAGAAGAGCAAUAAAAUGGUCCAAGCUCCUAAAGGGGAAUAACCGUAUACAGAAGAGUUUAAAAGUUAAGAGAUACAUCAGGAAAGGCAUCCCCAAUGAACACCGUGCAUUGAUCUGGAUGAUUGUGAGCGGGGCCCAAACCAACAUGGAACAAAACCCUGGAUAUUACCACAGACUGCUUGAAGGAGAGAAGAAUGACAAGUUGGUUGAAGCAAUCAAAACAGACAUGAACAGAACAUUUCCAGAUAAUGUAAAAUUCCGCAAAACUGCUGAUCCCUGUUUGCAGCAUACACUCUACAACGUAUUGGUAGCAUAUGGCCAUCAUAAUAAAGCAGUAGGAUACUGUCAGGGCAUGAACUUCAUAGCUGGAUACCUGAUUCUUAUUACAAGGAAUGAAGAGGAGUCCUUUUGGUUGCUAGAUGCUCUUAUUGGAAGAAUAUUGCCUGAUUAUUACAGUCCUGCAAUGUUGGGCCUGAAAACUGAUCAGGAAGUCCUCGGAGAACUUGUGAAAAUGAAAGUUCCAGCUGUGGCAGAGCUGAUGGAAAGACACGGAGUCAUGUGGACCCUAGUGGUGUCACGCUGGUUUAUAUGCUUGUUCAUUGACAUUCUUCCAGUAGAGACUGUGCUCCGAAUAUGGGAUUGUUUAUUCUACGAAGGGUCGAAGAUCAUCUUCCGCGUGGCCUUAACGUUAAUUAAGCAACACCAAGCUUUUAUUUUGGAAGCCACGAAUUUCCCUGACAUUUGUGAUAAAUUUAAGCAGAUCACCAAAGGAACAUUUGUAACGGAGUGUCACAGCUUCAUGCAGAAAAUAUUCACAGACCCUGGAAGCUUGUCCAUGGCAACAAUCAACAAACUCCGAGAGACUUGCAGAGAGAAGCUGCUUUCUCAGGGAUAACACACCAGAUUUAGCCAGGUGGUCAGAUACUACAGCAAUUGACACAUUCCUCUACUUGCACUGACUAAAGCACACUUUAAGCUUUCCAUGAGUUAACUGACACUUGACCAAUUUUUCCUGCCUUUCAAGUAAGUGUUGUUGACACCUUGUACUGUAUGUCAGAAUUCAUAACUGGAACUGGUGAUUCUGUUGGGUUUUUUGGUGAUGGGGUUUUUUUUUUUGGUUUGGUUUUGUUUUGUUUUUUUUACAGGAUUAAAGUGUUUUCAGAGUAGAAUGUGAUCAGUGUCAGGACACUCCUUUUAAAAAAAGCAGUCACCGUCCUUGUCUUUUCAGGGCAUUUUGUAAUGUGAAAAGAAAACACAUGUAUAAAAUUACAUAUCCUUCCUACUGUAUUAACCGUGACACCCAUAUCAUUUGUAUAAAAUAAAUUAAUUUAAUUUGUCAGAACCUGUUUCUUGGUGUAAAGAGAGUAAGAUAUCAGAUCUCUUUCUUGACUGCCACUAGUUAGAUCGAAUACAAGCAUCUUCCUUUUUCCUCGCUGCUGUCCCUUAAGGGACUCAAAUACGGCAAAGCACAGGGCCAGACCCCAGUGAGGAAAGUGAUAGUUAUCUUCACCAACAGUUACUCUAUGCAGUGUGUAACAGCUCUUCAGGUGAAGGCAGCAGGGAACACAUGCAAGUCCAGGCUACAGAAAGCAGCAGCAAAAAAUCCUCUAUAACCACUCUUAAUAUUCUAAUGUUUAUUCAGGCUCUUCUAGCUCCAGCACAGUAACAAAUAAUUUGACUCAGAUCUGUAAGUAGCAUUUCUCACCUUGUUGUAAGGGAUGCUGAAAGUAGAUGCUGUGAAGCCAGCCAGAAACAGACUUAUUCCCUGACAGGGUGAGACAUCGGGCAUAUCCAAAGCCGUACCUUAAUGCAAGUUUAAAUAUCCUACCCCUGGGCAGAAACAAGCAAAGCACCAGCCUUGCCCCUAGGCUGCCCCCAGCCCUGCUGGGGCCGGGUGCCAGGGAAUUGCUUUCUCAUCCUUACAGAGCCCUCUCGUGGCCAAAUCCUUUCCCUUGCCUUCCCACUGGGGAAGGGAGGGAAGACAACUGAAGGGAGGCCAGCAAUCUGUGCUUUUUAUUCUCCCUGUUGAAUACCUUGCCUUUUAACACCACUCUACUCCAAGUUAUCUUCAUUCCUUGUCAAGGAAGGCUAAUAUUUUAGAGGCCAUCUAGCCCAACCCCCCUGCAGUGAGCAGGGACACCGCUAACUG